AUGUCAGUCUCCAUUUCCGUACAUCCUUCCUCGAACGGCGUCGUUAUGUAUGGGGAGCCUGACGCUAUGACAUCAUACUCCCUUUCAGGCCAUGUCGAAAUUUCUGUCUCUUCUCCAUUUUCGUUCUUCUGUGGCUCGAGACCUGUCUCCCUACUUCUUCAUUCGCUAGUCCUCACAUUUGAGGGACAAUGUGAGAUCGCUUCCACUCAAACUGGGUAUGCUGGUGCCCGCGUCUGUUCGAUAACACAAGAACUGGUUCCUGGCGCACCUCUCGAACUAGAUCACAUUCAAUUCGAAGAUUCAAACGAAACCAGUCAAUGGCGCGUUGUUUUUGACGUGAAUCUGCCGGGAUGGCUUCCCGCCACCAGCCCCUUUGGCGCCGACCGAGAAUUGGGGACGUCGUAUUCCCUUCAUGCUUCCGCACAAUACACCCAUUCUGCAGAAGAUCUGACAUUUGAUUGGCCUAUACUUGGUUACUGCAUGCCGUGGUUGUCGCGUUUUCGUUAUGCCCGAGCCAUGAGUGAAAUCAAUUUGGAACGCGUUGCCAACAAAUACGACAAUUCUCCUCUCGCGUCAUACGUUUUCAACUCUUCUCCGAGUCCUGAUUCGCUGCUCGACCCUGCUUUGAAGCUACAAGUCCUUGCCUCACUGCCGGAUUAUAUCGACAUCAGUGACGAGCAGAUACCACUUGUCCUCAGGGUACGCACAAAGGACGUCGAAGCGGAAGUCUAUAAGGAUGUGCAGAUUCUCUCGCUCCGCACCGACUUCUUGCAGCUGGAAAGCGCAGGUUCACAAAUACCGGAAUUUUACAAGGCGUUGUUACCUCCAAAGUCUUGUCAGCCACCCAAUCUACCCCUCAAACGCCCUCACCCCAUCGCCGCAUUAUAUGACCUGGGCUUAGAUGACACGGACUCAUGUCUCCAGCCUGUUGUGCACUCAGAGCGAUCGUUUCUACCCGCAGAUUCCGGGCACUACGUCCUUGCUGGAGACAACUCUAUUGCGCCGACACCGAACACUGGGAGCGCCUCUACAUGGAUUACCAUGAAUGUGGAUACACCAUUUACAUCAUCCACUUCUUCGAAGGGCACAUCACGACAUCAUCAGACCAACUCUCUUCGCCCGUCUGUGACGAAUCCUUUGUUUACCAUCCGACACACUCUUUCGGUUUAUCUGACGUAUUCGUGCACUACGCAAUGUGAUACGACCCUAACAGACACCAUACACUUCUCGAUACCUGUUCGCUUGGCGAGUCGAACGUGCAAGCCACGCUCCUUCGAAGCCGUAGGAUCCCAGGAAUGUCUUUCCUUUAGUCGCCCCUCAGCCACCCUCCCCCCAUAUUCUCAGAUAUAUCAUCAAAACGGGGAGCAGAGGAUUGAUUCCAUUGUUCCCCUGCCUUUAUAUACUCCACGUCCUACUCAUUCGCACGUUGCGAAGGACUAUGUUGAUGAUGCAAGCCACUAA